AUGUCGGUAAUGUUUGGCGAGCAUUCCCACUACUUUACGACCGCACAUCAGGAUGCUCAAGACAAGACCGACAAGCCCCUUGACUUUGCCACUGAGUCUGAGAUUCAAUUCUACAAGAAUGAUGAUAUACCUCCUCUCAAGCUGGCUUACGGCACUACUCUCAUGCUCUGCGUCGCAAUUCCAGUUGCCACGAAACUCGCGUCCGCUGCCGCCGAGCAUGUCUUUGGAAGAUGGACCGAGUCAGGUCUCUCCCAAGUAUUGCCCCCUGCUGCGAACAUUGGUUUCAUCAGCGCAGCUUCAGGUCUUGUAUACUCGUUAUAUACCGCAUGGGAAUUGCGAUUACUGGGAUAUGUGGGAACAAUGCAGGCUAUUGUUGGAGGGUUGGCUUCACUUGCUACAUUGAGCAUAGCUGGGCCUGAUGCCUUGAUGGCGGGCAUCUCCUACUGGAAGGAGUAUGUCAUAUUCAGGUUGAGUAUGUAG